AGAGAGAGAAAAAGAUACGGCUUGUGCAUCCAGUUUCUGCAGGCGAUAGCCGCAGGGAAAACAUGCUGUAUUUUUCUGGAAAAUCUAAUUUAAAAAAAAAGUUAGGAUAAAUGAUAAAUUAAGAUUCUCCUUAGUGGGUGGAACAAACAUUGCUAAUCAAACAGGAUUUUCUAAGCUAAAAAAGACACUUCCUGAUUUUAAUUAUGGCGUCUGCUGACUUCAAAGAGGGACAGAACUGCUCCAUCUGUCUGAACAAUUAUACAGAUCCUGUCACAUUGACAUGUGGACACAACUUCUGCCAGGUCUGUAUUGAUGAUGUGCUGGAUACACAGGGAGUGUCUGGAGUUUAUGCCUGUCCUGAUUGCAAGAAAAGAUUUCAGGAGAGACCAACGUUACAGAAGAGCAUAAAUCUAUGUAACACAACACAGUGCUUAUUCUCUUCCCAGUCAGAAUAUGAGACGGCAAGGAUCUUCUGUACUUACUGUAUUCAAUCUCCUGUGCCUGCUGUUAAAUCCUGUCUAAUGUGUGAGGCUUCUCUGUGUGAGAACCACUUGAGAGUACACAGCAAGUCAGCAGAACACGUCUUAUCUGAUCCCACCACAUCCCUUGGAAACACAAAAUGCUCCAUCCACAAGAAGAUCCUGGAGUAUUACUGCUCUAAGGAUGGUGUUUGCAUUUGUGUGUCUUGUAUUGCUUUUGGUGAACACAUGGGACAUUUUGUGGAGCCUUUGAAUACAGCUUUUGAGAAAAAGAGAGAUAUGUUAAGAAAUGUACUGGAGAAGUUGACCGUAAAGAAAAAGAGGACUGUGAAAAGAGUCAGGAGUUUGCAUAAGUGGAGGACAGAUGUUCAAGAAAAAGCAGCUUGUGUGACAAAGCAAGUCAACGUUGUUUUUAAGGACAUUAGAGAACAGCUGUACAUCCUUGAGAAGAGAGUCCUGAAUGAGAUCUACAGCUGGGAAGAGCAGGUUUCAUUUACAAUCUGUGAUCUAAUUCAGCAACUGGAGGUAAAAAAGGAUGAGCUGUGCAGGAAGAUGUGUCACAUUGAGGAGCUAUGUAACCUGACUGAUCCAGUGACUAUUUUACAUGAACAGGAAUCCUACAGAGGUGACUUUUGUGAAACUGAGGAGGGAGAAAAUGAGGACAGGGAGAGAGAUAAUAAAAAGCUUCAUAAUGUAGGUGAUUUGGAUGAGGGUCUCAUAUCAGUGACAUUACAUGCAGGUUUAUCUGAUAUAAUGACUGGUGUAAAAAGAGGGAUCUAUGUGUCAGAAUCACUGGACAUAUUACUCGAUCUGAACACAGCUGGUAAUUAUGUGAUUGUAUCUGGUGACUUAAAAACUGUAUCUUGGUCAGAAUUAAACCAGUAUCGCCCAGAAACCCCAGAGCGAUUUCAGUAUUGUCAGGUUUUAAGCACCAGGAGUUUUUCCUCAGGAAGACAUUACUGGGAAGUGGAGACUAGUGAGUCAGGAGAUUGGAUGGUAGGCAUGUGCUAUGCCAGUAUAGACAGAAAAGGAGUUCAGUCAUAUAUUGGAAACAAUAACAAGUCCUGGAGUCUGUGUAAAUUUAACAAUGAAUUCUCAGUGAUACAUUCCAGUGAUGUAAGCCAAUUAUCUCACUAUAUUUCCUGUCAGAGUUUCAGAAUAUAUCUGGAUUAUGAGGCUGGGCAGCUGUCCUUUUAUGAACUACGAGGUCCUAUCAGACACUUGCACACAUUCACUGCCAUUUUCACUGAGCCCCUUCAUGCUGUAUUUUAUGUAUGGGGCGACUCUGUAAGAAUUAAGAGCUAGGAAGUACAGUAUUAUUGAUUGGUAUUCGGACUAUGGAAAAGAUAAUUCAGCCUUUUUCAUCUCUAAAUGACUAUGGGAGCAAUGUGUGUGGACAGCCACCAGAGUGGCUGGGCUUAUAUUUCCCCCAUAUUCAGAGGUCUGCAAGAAAAUUAGCAAAGAUUUCCUACUGCAUUAAAUGGUAAUUGGAUGAUAUCAAGUGACACAUAACUCAGAAUUGAAUUCCUUCCCAAUAAUCUCUGCUCAUUACUAGGACAUAAAUUGUGCACACAUACAGUGAUGAUCUCCUCUUUAUAUCCAUAGUUAAACCUUUGAAAAAUAACACAUUGACAUGUCUGUAAUUGAGUUCUGUACUCAGCAACUAAAGUAUAGGCUUGCGGACACUGUUGAAAGGAUUAAUGCUGAUAUAUGAUAUAUUAGCCAGACACAGAAGAACACCAUUCCUAAUAUAGCAUAUGUGAAAUCUUGACGUGAGAUUGUUGGAUGUUACAGAUGAAGGCUAUUUGAAUUGACUACGUAAAAAAAUAUUAACAGAUAAUUAAUUUGUCAUUGCUGAAGAAAAAAUACUUUGAUAGUACUUCCAGACUGGACAAAAGUCCACUUCUAAAAUAUAUGUCCAAAAAUGAUAACCCUUAAAUGAAACGGUCAUGUUGUAGUGUGCAUUGUGUUUUCUUGUACUAUCUUUACUUCCAUAAUUUUGAGAAAGCGUCUCCUAUAUCUAAAAUCACUGGCUUGGUAUGACUAAGGCUGGGUACACACUUGUCCAAUUCUCAUUCCAUCCAACCUCUGACCUACCAGUUGGCCAGACAUUGGUAGAGCAUGUACACUUACACGACCUCUGGUUUUAUCCAAUCCUGGUUAUUUGAUCUGUCAAAUGAUUUUUUAAACCUGCUGGAAAAUCGAGAUGCAGAUGCCAUCCUGACAUACGGUAUCCAGACAGUCAGAAGACUGUCAGAAUGCCAACGCAGGAAUCCCGACAGCCGACACUCCGAACAUAAGUAUCACAAGGAGCAAGGGGAGGUUAGGAUUAGGCUGCCAAGGGAGGGGGAAGGGGGGAGGGGAGGGUACUGGUGUUAGGGUUAGGCUGUGAGAAGGGAGAGUUAGGCUGAAGGGGGUUUAGGGUUAGUCUGUUGGAGGGGAGAGUUAGGGUUAGGGGUAGGGAAGGGGAGAGGAGAGGUGAGAAUACUUACCCUAAAAGUGUCAGGAUCCUGAGCAACGGUAUGCUGGUGUCGGUGUUCUGACCACCGGCAUUCUAAGCGCCGGGAACCUGUACGCAACCCGGAAAAACAGGAGACCAGAUCAUGCAAUUGGUUUGUUCAAUUUUUCUCUCAUCCAUGUAACUGGUAGCUGGUUUGCGAAAGAUUAGAAGAGUGUAUACUGUGACACAAUCCAGAUGGUUUCAGCAUAUGCAGAUUGUAGAUUUGCAGCAAAAUUUGACAGGUGCGUAUGCAUAGACUAGAUGUUGAAUCUGCGACCCGGUCGCUAGUAGGAUUGUGUCAACAGUUCAGUCUUGAGUUGGAUCCCUGGAGGUUUGGACAAGUGUGUAUCCAACUUAAGUAAGCUUACAUGUUUGCAGCAAUGUAUGCUACAGAGCAUUGUAUUAUCUUUGAAUCUUUUUGCUUUCAGUAUGUACAGCAAAGUAUAACUUAUACAAAGUCAUGGCAGCGUCCAGCCAAGAUGAUGAUGUAUACCUCUCAAAUGCAUUAAUAUGAUUGCUUCUAUUUCAAAAAGGUGUUCUGGAUGUUCCAAUAUGCAUUGUUAUUUUGAGAAGUUUGUACGUUUGUUAGUAACAUUAAAGUAAAUGCUAUGUCA